AGCCGUUGGGCUCAAUGGGGUCAAUGCGGCGUUCAGGUCCACGGCCGGCAACGAGUUUCUGCUCGGCAACGCUGGCUCAACGCAUGUGUUGGUGCCCGUGUCCUUUGAGGUGGCGGCGCCACCUCCGCAGCUUUAUAGACAGCAUAAAUUGCCAUGUCUGGGGCAUUCCCGAGGAUCACAACCACCUCGAUGGGGUUGCGACCUUUACUUUGAGAUUCAGCAACCCUCAGCAGGAACACGGCUUCGCAGUUUUUCGCAAGGCGCGCCUAUCUCGUUCCGCAUCAAACUACGCAAUUGUGACCUUGUUCAUUUACCUCAUAAUGCUCGCAAAUCUUCUGAGAUCCGGUAUGGGUCCAAGCUCUAGCCAUUUUGCUGCAGAUCUCCCAACGGACGAUGGUCGCGAUCUGAUGAAACUCAAGUUGAUUCUGAACUCCGUAGUUGUAUUCGUCUAUGUAUUUGUGCUGUUUGUGGGGAAAUCCCUCGCGCUUCGUGGCCGCAUCGGGCCGGGGGCACUGGAAAUCACCAUUGUGGUAUCGGUCACGUUUCUGAUGUCUUUUGUCGCGUUGACCACUUCUCACUACAUGGCCAGGAUUGCUGGCCAUGACAACACCAGAGCGGUGUUCGGCUUCUCCGCCGAGGUCAUGGCAACCCUGGACACCCACAACUUGCUCAUGAUAGAUCUCUGCGUCACCGUAGCGCACCUGGCACCCAUCCGUUGGGUGGCCCUGCUCCCUCUGGAGGUAGCGGCCGUCCUGGUGUACGUGGUCCCCGCCUACAUCAUCGGCAGCACCGUCCCAGCGGCGAGGGCCCUCAACAGCAUCACGCUGUUCGCGCUCACCCUGCUCGCGGCGAUCGGGCGGCGCGCGUGCGAGCGGCAGGAGCGGCUCCUCUUCUCGGGCCUGCUGACCGAGAAGAGGCAGAGGCCGCUGUUGGGCAGGCGGCCUCCUGCCUCAAAUGGACAACGCCCGCGGCGGCACCGACAGCGAGGCCUGUUCAAGAUGCGCAGGAACUGGUGUCGGUUUCAGGCGGAGUUCCAGCUCUGCGAGCGCCAGGCCGGCACGACCGGUCAGGGCGGGGAACCCUCGGAGUGUUCGCGCCCCGACACGACCGCUUCCGGGCAGGCCUUCGAGGUCGCGGGCGACGGCAGCCUGUUAGCCAUGCGGGCCGUUGGCGAGAAGGAGGGCUGGUUGGUCAGGGAGUCGGACGUCGUGCCCCUGUCAGGUCGCUCGCUCGGAGAGGGUAGUUUUGGUGUGGUUACCGGUGGCCUGUACCAUAGCACCUUUGUGGCGAUAAAGGCGCCCAAGCAGGACGUCUGGCUGACCGACAGGGGCCUCGACAGCCUCUGCAACGAGCUGCGGAUCUUGCGCCGGCUUCGGCACCCGAACAUCAUGUUUCUGUACGGUGCCUGCUUGAAUGACAGUCUCACGACCAUAUUUCUCGUUCUCGAGUUUGUCCGCGGCGUGACGCUCACCGAUUUCAUUUGCCAGGCCUCGAGCUCUUACCCUAGCCAGUCAGACAGAGUCAGCAUCGCGAUCGACGUAGUGAACGCGCUGCGCUACAUGCACUCGAGGAAGCCUGUUGUGGUGCACGGCGACCUCAAGAGCUCCAACGUGAUCGUAGAGCAGGUGACUGUGCGCCCAUCUGGCACGGAUGCGAUCGAUGAAUGUGUGUCUGCCUGCGCGAAGCUCUUGGACUUCGGCUUGUCUCGCCUUCUCACGCGCUCAUCACAGUCGUUGGGCGGGACGACUCGCUGGAGGGCCCCGGAGCUCUUCCAACACGAGCAUGUUCGACCCGAUGCGGCCGCGGAUGUAUAUUCAAUGGGCCAGCUCUUGUUCUUCAUCGCAGCAAAGGAGAAACCAUUCCACGGCACGCGCACAGAAGACGUGGCACGCUCGCUCAAGCGUGGCUCGGUGCCCUGCCUCGACUGGCCAGCCAGCUGCGACAGCGAAUGGCUGCCGCAGCGCAGUCGCGCAGUGGUGGAGUGGUGCACGCGCAAGGAGCCGGCCGCCAGGCCCAGCUCCGAACAGGUGAGCGCCGAGCUCAGCCGAGUGCUCCGGUGGGAUCCCGCGCGCGUGGCGAGCGGGCGCAUCCUCGAGGGCGCGAGCGGUUCCAGCGGCUCGUGCCACUGGGCGCCCGCGGCGGCCGCGCCGCUCCCUCCUGGAGCUCCGCCGAGAGCUUCCCCAGACGACCUCGAAGGCUUCCCCGAGAACUGGCCCAGGCGGUGCAGCCCGCUCCUGCCCCAGGAGGGGCCGGGCCCUCCGCCGGCAGGCGUGGCCACGGGCAGCGGCAGCUGCAAGAGGGGCACCAAGGGCUCCAGCGGCCGCCCAGGCGAGAGGCUACCGGCCGUGCCCGAGCACGCGGGCCUGGAGCGGUGCGGUGCAAGCGUGUAUAUAUGGUUCGACGUGGUCUCGGCCAAGUGGAGCAUAUUACAAGCUGCCAGCUGCUUCGAGUUGUUCUGGGGGCAAGAUCACGCGCCCUCCGAGCUGGGCAGCCUCACUCGCUGGAUCCAUCCAGAUGUCCGUGAGAAUCUAAUCCCCAAUCUCUUGGGUGCAAACAACGUACCAGAAGCUCGACAGGGAGGCAGCCGAGCCCAGCUGGCAGGCGCACGAGCAGGCCGUCCUCUUCCGCCCACCGCUGCUGCGCACUGCGCCGGCCUGCCUGUCGGCAUCUGUGGCGAUAGCGCUGGCCCCCGAGCAGGACCGCUUUGUGGUACAGAUGAGAUUCGACGACAUGAGGUACCUUCUAUUGACGGAUGCCCGCCAAUUAAUCUGAAGCAUGCACGCAGUGAGGCGAGUGUCCGGCAUGGCCCACGCAUAUCGGAAUCGCCAGCAAGUCAAUUUGUCUUGCGAAUUUCGCAGUGUGGCACGCACAUGGAUUUGUCAACAUUGCGACCCCAUGUGCUCCAAUAUUCCCUCAGCCAGCUUGGAAAUUUGAAGCCGUCCCUGGAAAUCUGAACGAGGCGAGCCAUAUAAACCGCGGGCUUGCCUAGGACAUCGAAUUGAUUGGAAUGCUCUUUGUGUUCAAAGCCCAUGCAACGAAUGAAUUUGCAGCUUAUCAGAAACAAGAGUCGACGUCGUCACGGCGGGAGCUUGCCCUGACCGCCCCUUGCCCGUUGCAGCCGCGCCGUCGCACGUUUCGGGCUCCGUCACCGCGCUUUUCGGGGCACGAUGCCCAGCCCCUGCGACGGGAUGGCGUCUGCCCUCCCCCACAGCGAGCGAAGUUCUUCCUCAGCGAGCUCCGCUUCGUGCUGCGCUGAGUGUCCAGAGUUUGUCGAUGUCUCGGCUGGCUGCUGUAGUUUGUGGCCCCUGCCUCUCUAUCUCUCCCUCUUUCUCUGCGCCACCGUUUGGGCGAGGCUGGUCUGCAAGGAAAGGGCAGGCAUGUCGAAAGCAGCCGCUCCUGACCCCUGGCAGUGUGGAGUAUUGGCCCGCUGGCGCUGCCAGAGCGUUCUUUGCUAGAGGCCCGCUGGAGGCGUUGCGACAGCAGCCUCGCGGGCUUCGGGUGGACGCGACCUCGGGGACAGGGCUGCGCCGAGCCUCGCCUGUCUUUUUGGGGGGCGAGGCGCGGGACGAGAGAGGGAGCCAAGGCAUGGCCCCGAGCUGUUUUGCAUGCGGCUCGCGCUCCAAAAGCUUCCAGGGAGGCUGGGCGGGCGGUUUGCGGUAAACCGCUGGCUGGCACCACGCGGUGAGACAGUUUGUGAAGCAUGAACGAAUAUCGGUUGCCCCGUUCUCUCUCCACCGCCCUCCCCUCCCCCUUUGG